GACUGAAACCAGGAAGACUGAAGUUUGACUUUUAAACAAGGAAAGAUGUUGUUUGUCUUAGCACAUAGUGGACAAGUGUGAUGAUAAAAAUAGUGACAUCAUUUCAGUGGCUGAUAAUCGCGUGGGUGAGGUUGAAAGUUGCAUUGAGAUGUGGAAAAGGUGAGAAAGUAGACAUUCGAGAAAACAUGUAAUCAGCCAAAAGUCCUCACAGUUGUAGUAACACGCGGGUGUUUGCAAUUGGCGUGCAUGUGUGUCAGUAAGUGCAUUUGUGUGUGCAAAUCUAGUAGUGAGUGAUUAAAGAACAAGCUUACCACAGCCUUUCAGAGAGGCUGAAAUCUCAGUGACGAGGCAGCCGACCACACAAUGUGAUGCAGGGACAGCUGCAGCUGGUUAUCAGUCAAGCAUUCAGCAGAGUGAGGCUAUCGAAACAGACCCCACCAUUCAAUCCUACAAAAUAGGUUUUGUAUUGGGACUCCACUUUCCAACACACACGAACAUACAGAUGUUAUACACACACAUAUAGUGAGACUUUACUAAAAUAAGAUUCUUAAUGAAGCAGUCAUAAUGUCAUGUCAGUUACUUUGACUGGGAAACCUCAACUCUGUAUAGCUGUUUUGUAUACAGUUUCUGCUCACACCUAUUCUGAAACUGUUUUCAGCCAUAUGAAAAUGUCUGAAACACAGAUGUGUCAGUUUGACACGUUUUAUUAAGGCCAUUCUAACAAAAUGAGAUUAACUUAGACGAAUUCAACUAUCUCAAGAAAUUGCCCACCACUGAUUUGGUAUAGAAAGCAAAAUUUAACAAGGCUGUCUGUUUAUGUCACUGUUUAGCUACCACAUGCUGCACAGGAGCACAUCUGAAUGCCAUUCUUGAAAUGUGCACAGUAAGCUAAACUUACGGUCUGUUGAGGCUGGACCUUCAGGAAAUUAUUCCCUGAAAGCCAAAAACAACAAGCUGCCACAAGCUGCCAGGCACGAGGAGUGAGUGGGAAGUUCAUAGAGCACGAGGAGGAGGUGGGGGAAGAUCCAUUUCAGUGACCUCCAAAAUAGUAGAAAGGAUACACACUGGGACCAUCAUGUGAUAGCGUGAGCUGCUUUUGAAUCACUGUCAUGUCUGGUCUGCAAUUUCCUCCUCCAGAGUCCCCGAAGAUGACUCUCUCGUGACAAAAGAUCAAUUAUUUGAUCCCUGGCAUUGCCUGUACUCUGAGGACCAUAUGUCAGUGAUGAUGCCUUGUGGACAUGGGAAAGAAAUAGAUGCCCCAACUAUAGAAUUGUAUUAAUAAUUUGAGGAGUAUAAAAAUGAAGCACUGUUGAGAAGUCCAGAGAAAACAACCUUUGAACUUAAAAAUAUACUGAGGUCUGAUUGCAAUGUGCAUGCAGUCUCAAGUGAGCAUCUCUCUGGUAGCAGAUUCAGAGCAGAUUAUUAACCACAAGCACAUGUAAUGUGGUGAAAUAGUUACAGAGGAAAUGAACUAUUUUCUGUUUAAUCGAAUGGGGAGAGGGUGAUUUUUUAUUGUUUAACCUAGGACAAGUCUGGUGUGAGUUAAACAGUAACCAGAGCCUUUAAUCACAAAUGACAGGGCAUACAAAAACAGCCAAGCGUAGAAUGGAUCAGACCAGUCUAAUGUGUUGUAAAAAUACAUUUAGCAUCUUUGCAUUCGCUGAUCUGAGGCCUGCUCUAAUCACAAAACAUUGCGCAAUACACAUUACACAAUACACAUACACUUUUUAUUACUUCCUCAAAUUUAUCAUUUCUGCUAGAUAUUUUAAGCCGUGUCUGUUCACACCUUUAACUUUCUGUCAUCACACUCGCAAUGUUCAAAGGUGGAGUUCACAAGCUUGGACUAAAUGGAAAAUAUAGUGCAUAUAUUUGAGAUGUUUAAUUUGCAGAUACGUGGUGAGGCUUGGAGAAGAUUGAAGAGACUCGCAUGUGGGUUAAUCAUUCAAUGAAAUGCAAUAAAAGACUGAGACUGACUUAGAGGAAAUAAAGUUCUGAACAUGCUGGUUUUCCUUUUAUCAACUCGUUUGAAAAGUAUGUUGUCUUUUCUUGCGAAGACUUUUGUCACCAGAUUUUACUUUGUUUUAGCUGUUGUAAUGUGUCUGUUGCAAUAUUUAUAUUAUUUUAUUUAUAUUGAUUUACUGUGCCUGUUCUGCAGGGGAAGACAAUCAAAAAGUAUGCUACAUUUACCUUAUAAGUGUAUUUAUGUGUUUCUAUUUCAUAGCAGGUUCAACAGUCAGUUGACUGACGACGUACGACUGCCCUCUAUGCAAAUGAUCAGUGACUAAAUAAAACCGGUUCUGUUCAGAUGUCCAACACUUCCACAGAUUACUGUCUUCCUUUUUCACAGCUGUUCUCUUUCUUCACUCAGCUUUUGCAAUAAGGCGGCUUUUGAAAUGCAUUUCGGCUGGCUUAUCUGUUGGAUAUUGUGUUUCAUGGAUUUUUUUACUCUUGGCUGGCUUUAGGUUCUUUCCCCCUUCCAUGAUAAUUGUUAAUUUAGUUGUUGUUCAAUACCGAUUUUAUGCAGCCAAUCCUUUGAAAAGUUGAGGUGGGCUGGCUGCAGAGAUGUCCAGAUCCACGAAAUCCACCUCGGGAUCUCGGAGCCGCUCCAGGUCCCGGACAAGAUCCCGCUCCUCCUAUCGCUCCAGAAGUCGCUCCAGAUCCCGGUCCAGGAAGCGCCGCUAUGGCUCAAGGUCUCGGUCUCGGUCAAGAUCUCAUUCUCCACCUCACAACCGGGAGAAAAAAUAUCCCAGGGGAUACCAGAACAGUCGUGAGUUCCGGGGCUACCACCGCGGCUUCCGGAGGCCAUACAACUUCAGAGGCCGAGGGCGGGGCUACUUCCAACGUGGACGCUACCAGCGUGGCGGUGGAGGUGGUGGCUAUAACAAUAACAACUUCCGUCCCAACUGGAAGAAUUACAAGCAGAACCCUCAAAAACACCAACAACAACAGCAGCAGCAGCAGCAGCAGCAGAACUAUUCACGAGGACGAUCUCACAACGUCCAGAAACGCUCAGGAAGCCCCCCUCGUGGUCACUCGCACCACUCAGACCGAUCCUCCUCGCCACUGUCCAGACACUCGCAGCAUUCUUCAUCUUCCUCACACUCCUCCUCCUCUCCCAAAUGCAGUCAAGCCUUAUUGCAGACUAACCAAAACUUCAAAGAUGUGAAAGAGGAGCCCUCAGCCUCCAAGGAGGUUCAAAAGAGAGGAGGGGGAGAUGGGGAGCCAGCGGAGCUCGCUGUGGUGUUGGCAGAGGAUGCCAAAGAAGGCACAGGCAGUGGGAAAACUGAGGGGAACUGGCAGGGCAUGACAGGCUGCAGCAGCAGUCCAAAGAGAACGAGUCCUCUGGCAAGCUCUGCUGUUUUUGUUGGUCAGAACAGCCAAACUAUUAACCAGUCUAGUCCGUCUUCUAAAAUCACAAAUGACAUGAGCAAUGGUGCCCCCUCAUGGCAAACAGUGUGCAGUCCAUCCUCAACAAAAAAAUCCUCACAUGAAGGUCUAAAUCCAAUGCUUUCCAGCUUUGACUUCUUCUCCAAUGAAGAAUACCUGGAUGGAGAUAAAACGGCAAUCUCCAUUGCUUUUGGAAAGUUUUUGGAGGAGCAAAGUAAAAAAGCUAAAUCUUGGGAAAAUGGCAAGAGCUCAGAAGCCAAUGAUGUGGAUAUGGAAAAAGGGAGAGUGAAUGGCAAAGCACCCGUUAUUAUCUCUGACUCAGUGUCAAGAAAAUACAAAGAGGACACUGAUGGUGAAGUGUCUCUGAACAGCUUUUUGAAAACUUCUCCUUUUCUUUCUGCUGAUGGGGAGGAAGAGGAGGAGGUGAUGAUCGAGCCUCAGUCACUUCACAAAGAAGGGCACAGUGGGGACGAGCCCUCUAAGCCAAAGAACAAGGUCACUCAGUCAGCCCGGGAACUGUUUGAAGAAUGCUUCAGCAAAUGGCAGAAUGUGGCCUAUUCACAGGUAGCUAACAGUGACCUUGACGCCAUGGCAGAGGACAUAUAUCUCUGUCGAAAGCAGGAUAAAGCGUCUGCCAUUGCUGCUGCCCUCACCAAGAGGGAGUUAGCAGGAAAAUUUGAGAAAAAUUGUCUGUCCCCAGACAUAGUUGUUAAAACCAGGAAGAUGGCCAAAUCCCCUCCCUCCAUGUCAUCUCCAACGCCACCACCAAGGAGGAGCUCUGACAGAGAGAUGCUUAUGAUCAGGAGCGAAGACUCGCCUUUCAUGUCUUCAAGAAAGCAGGAAGCAAAAAUAAAUGUCACAAUGGACUUCCUUUCAGAUAGCUUAAUAAGCACCUCUGAUAUCUUAGCCGAGGAGCGACAGUUGUCUCAGGAUCUUGUGCAGUCCUCAAAAAAGGAUCAGGAGUUUCGCUCCAUCUUUCAGCAUGUUCAGAAUGCUCAGUUACAGAGGAGUCCCUCUGAGCUGUUUGCUCAGCACAUUGUCACCAUUGUUCACCACAUUAAAGCCCAGCACUUUCCGUCUUGUGGAAUGACUCUAAACGAACGAUUCACCAUGUACCAAAGACGAGCUGCAGAGAAGGAAAUGAUGAAGCCGAGAAAAAGCCCAGAGAUACACAGGAGAAUUGAUGUUUCACCCAGAGCUUUUAAGAAACACUCUCAACUUUUUGAGGCGAUGAAAAGCUCAGAGGAUGGCACUCACAAGGACGGCGGGGAAAAAGUAAAGGGUGAUCCAACGGACCUUCGUUUGGAUAUUGAGCGUCGUAAACAAUAUUCCAUCCAUGAAAGAGAUUAUAAUCAGGAUCGGGGAAGAGAUAUGGGAGAUUCCCCAGAUUCUAGUAGAGAAAGAUCUGUGGAAAAGUUCUCCAAAUGCCACGAGAGAUCAAAGAAAAGUAAGAAGAAGCGCUCUCGUUCCAGUUCGUCCUCAUCUUCCUCGUCCUCUGAGUCCCAAAAGGAACAUCUGCCUCAUGACAAGUCUGAUCAAAAAGAUAAAGGCUUUAACAAGGCCCGACUGGGUCAACCAGAGUCACCAGGCUCAGCAGAAAGAGGACGACCACGUGGAGGAUUCCAGCAAGUCCGAAUUCGUGGGCGGGGAUGGAAUAGAGGCAAUUAUCAGGGAAACUAUUCACAUAUUAACAACAUGCCAAUCAUGGCAGUGCACCCAAAAAAUGAGGACUGGGACCCAGAGUACACACCCAAGAGCAGAAAAUACUACUUGCACGAUGACAGAGACGAGGAGACAGAGUUCAAGUGGGUGGAUAACCGAGGGCGAGGAAGGGGAAGUUUCUCACGUGGAAGGGCGCGAUUCAUCAUUCGCAAAGCCACUGCGGCCCCCAACACCAACAGCCCCAAAUGGGCCCAUGACAAGUUCCAGGUCAACGGGAAGCAAGGCGCUGAGGGGGAAGAGGAGGCCGAACAGGACCAUAAAGAAGGAGAAAUUGAUGGAGAGCAUACUUGAGCAGUGAAGCUAAAGAAAUCUUAAUUUUCUUCUGUGUUAUUAUGGGAUCUGACUCACUGAUUUUAUCCACCACAAUGGAUUCAUAAAUGCAGAUUAAAAGAUUUUAAGACUCAGCUAUUGCUAGAAAAAAAUUUUAAGCUUUAAUGUCAGCAUAGGACACUCACUUUGACUUGAUAUGACCAUUUAUCCACAUGAGGAUACCGCUCAUAAUUAGUAGAAGCACUGUUUCAGGAUAAACUGCUGUUUCUCAUAAAAAUUUGGAAUUAUUAUUAUUUUUUUUAAGUUAAAUGAAAUUUUCCAUGCAGCAUUUUGAUAGAAUUUAUAAUUUUCUUGAAGCAAUGAUUAGCUAAGGACUCCUUUAUGACAUUUGUAUUUUUAAAUAGCAAGUAACUUAGAUUGUGCCUUAUAUUUGUGCAAAUUGGAAAAUGUUUUAUGAGUGGGCUAUCUGAUAGAGAGUUGUACUGAUGAAAGCUUUAAAAUCUACUCCAGUUAUGAAGAGCUUUUGAAAAAGAAGCCAUAUUUUUGUCUGUCUUGUCUGGUUUAAAAUGACAGCAACACGUACACUGUAGACAUCAUGUUGACAUUGAAAACAUCAUCGUUUAGCCAAUUCAGCACUCUGCAAAUGACCCUGAUCUGACAAUGGGACCAAAUCAUAUGGGGUCAAAGGUUACGCAAUGCAGUCUCUCAUUAUACAGCAUUCAACAGAUGUACAAUACCAGCCAAUACCAUCCUCGGCAGCCACGGAGACUGUAUGAUAACUACCUGUACAUUUAACUCUUUACUGUCAAAGAUUUCUAUACUCAAACGGUAACUCUUUGAUCUUGGAUACCACUUAACAAUGUGUAAUGUUGUUAGCAAUUACGUCUUCCUAAGACACUCGUUUUUGGACCUGGCUACGCAUGAUUUUGAGUUUGUCUGUAAAGGGAAAUCUGUUCUUGUUGCCAUAGAUUGUGAUGUGUGUUUUUCAUUCAUUGUUUGCAAGCUUUUCUCCAGCCAAUGAUGAUUUAAUCAAUUAAGUGUGUGCAACUAGGUGAACAUUGUGAUAAAAGAAUCAAAAUUAGCAUUUGUUUGUAGUUUGUAAGAAGCACAAAUCCAGGGUUGUUUUUGUUGGAAAUGAUAGUUUGCCUAGAGUAAGAAUGUUUUUCAAUGCAUAUCUCCAGUCAUUUAUUUACUUAAAUCUAGGAUAAGGCUCCGGUCUUACAGGCAAACUGCUCUUACAAUUGACUGCACCAUGUUUGUGCCUUGUUGUGGGUGCACUGGUCUUAUUUGUACAACACAGGCUUACAGGUUGAGAUUCACAUUAAAUUGUUUGAAGGUUACCUGCGUAGGGAAUACUUGUUUUUUUAAUAGUUGUUACUUUUUUUGUUGUUAGAGACUCUAAAUUAAAGACACACUGAUUACUUUAA